CGACGGAGACGUAACCGUCGAUACGUGCUUUCUAACAUACCCGGGCAGUUCGAAGCUUCGAAAAGUUUUCGUCGUCUCUUGGUGCUCCAACUCCUCCGUUUCUCUGCUCGCUCUGCUUCGUACAGCUCAAGCUUCCUGUCGAUUCGAUUCGAUUCCUUGACCUAGCCUGAUUGAUCGGACGGUCCAGAAGCUCCUCAAGCCAUGUCCAUGUUCAAGUUCUGGGGAUCUCAGGAGGAACAAACUCAGCCGCGGCCGGAGGUUGUUACUCCUUCACAGUCAUGGUACCCUCCAUCUGUAGUUAACUCUCCAACCUCUUCUCGCCCUGGAACUCCAAGCAGCACCUCUUCUAGCAGUUUGAGCUACCAAAGGCCUACAGAGAAGGCACCGUCUCCAUCGCAUGUUUCGCCCGCAGAAGCUGCUGUUGUUAUUAAUGUUUUGAAGGACAAAAGGGCUGAUCAAUUCUUCAACUUACUACUGAUGACAAUGUUCUUAGCUUUAUCGCCCCAUAUAUAGGUUGUUAUUUAUCUA